CCCAGCUGUUUGCUGUAUUUUAUAGCGCAGGCGCAUGGUUGCUAAUCAAUAUUCAAUGUAGUGACGCGUCCUUCGAUUCUGUGAAUUCCGAUGGUGUGAGGCUUGUUCUUCCCUGGCAACCGACUGAUAUAACAGUGAGAUGCCUUACUUUCCUGUGACAUUUUCCUGACAUUCAAUUUCAAGGCAAAUUUUCUCCCAUGAUCAAAAAUCAUCCAGAGAUCGAAGAGCAGCUGAUCUGAUCGAGACUUGCACGCCAUGUUCUGCUGACAGCUGGAAGUAAAUUAUGUCCAUUGUUGUGACUUCCUUUCUCUGCUUUGAGGCUCCAAGGAAAAUGAUCGUUCAUACCUUCUUAUGUACUGUGCUAAUUACCACGAUUCACCCUCGUAUACUUAUUGAAUCUUCAAAUCUGAGUAAGUAUAUAAACUUUGUUUGAGUUAGGUCCGUACAUUGACAUGAGCUUUACUGUUUUGUCUUAAUAAUUGGAUUGCAACUGUAGCGCUGCUUUUUUUUUUUUUCGGUUUAGCCUAGUAUAUAGACUUCAGUCUGGUUUGUUAUGUUUUAGUCGCGGGAUGUUGUAGAAUAUACUUUCUAAGGCUGAAAAUGUUGUUUUUUGAAUAUUGCUUUCCUAAGUGUUUGUUUAUUAAACAAUGUAAUCUUAAAUCUACUGAUAUGUAGUUUGCUAAGCUGCAAUUGUUAUUACGUCUUACAUGUAAGAUGAAGUGUCCCUUAUCUGAACUUUACAACCCCCGGAUUUUCCUUGAUCCUCCGUUCUGCCCAUGAACAAACAGGCAUUUUUCGUCCCUUUUAGUUUAUGAACAAAUUAACGCCAUUUAGAUUGCAAGAUGGGUGAGCUUUGCAUUUGUUUUGUUUUUCCUUCUGUUAGUUUUCUUUUUUUUAUGCUUUAUGGGUUUCUUAAUUAUUUUGAAUUAUUUAUUUUUAAAUUUUUAUUUUUUGCUUGAAAUUGGGGGAGGGGGCAAAAGCCCCCCUCCCCCCCACGGCUCUGCCGUCCCUGGCACCAGCUGUUGGUAAAGAACUCUUGGAAGUGUUACCAACUCAGUGUACUUUUUCUGUUAUUUGUUUUGGGAUGCGAAGGCUGGAACUGUCUUUGCAAGCUUUGUCAUUAUUUCCCUGUUGCAAUACAUGAUUCAGGAUCAAGCAGCCAAAAGGUAACUUCUACGGGAAGGUCAGCCUGUGACUUAAAAGAAAAACUGGACUGUUUUAAAAAAAUACAGCAAGGAAAGUAUAUCAUUGUACACAAUGGCUGAAUAGUCGAAGAUGAUUAUUUGAAUGUGAAUUAUUUAAUAGAAUGUUUUGUGAAGUUAACCUGAUAUGUUGUACAUACCUUGACUUGUAAUUUUAGUCCUUCUCAAAUAACAAAAUCUCCAGUACUUGAAUUUAUAUGUAAGGUAUUUCUCUCUGUAUGUUUUUGUAUUUCUUUUCCUUUCUUUUUCUUAUGUAAUUUAAUAAUGUCUUUAUUUAAAGUCUUGUCCUGCCUAGAUUAGCAUUAUAGCUAUUUGCAGGACAUAAAAUUGUAAACUUUAUAUUUCUUUAAAUAAAUACAUUGUUGUUGUUGUCGAUGGACAAAAUAUUUAUGAAUUUCAUUGAAAUGCCUAUCAUUGAUCAACACAAAUAUAGCAGCGUCUUUGGUUGACGAAAGCCUGGUUAGGGUAAGCCUGUUUGUUGUGUUUGCCUCAAAUUUAAAAUUACAUCAUUUUGCUUUAUGCAGAUAUAGCAAAAAUACACAAGUUUAUGAUUCGGCAUCACAGAAGCAAAAAUUUAACACUGGGAGGGAAAAAGCGCAACGUUUUGGGGGCCCUAUGGUUUCUGCACCAGGUGUCCCAACUUAUUGUGACGAGGAUUGUAGGUUAAAAACAGAUUGACCUAAGAAACAAAUAUUAUUAACCCACAGCAUACAAACUCAGUGAUCUUGGUGUUUUAAGCAAUCUGAUUGGUUCUCUAUCCUGAACUAUUAUACCCUCAAUGUCAGAUGCCAAGGGAAACAGUUAGUUUUCUUUUCCCGAUAUUUGUCUUGGGAAACGUGAGGACUCGAGGGAGAAUAAAGCUAACUGGUUUCCCCAGGGACCUGACAUUUGUGUUCAGUUAUAGUUCUAGAUUUUCACUUCAACAGCGACAAAAGAAUAACGGGCAAAUCAAAACAGUUGACUUGGAUCUUAUAAGAACACAAAUUAAUUCUCAAAACCACUCGAAUGAUUUGCAAAGUACUUUAACUUUAAUUCCUUAUAUUAUCUGCAUCUUUUUUUUUCUCCACCAACUGCUGUUUCUCUUUAGGGAUAACUUUGAAAAUCGUUUCUUAAAUAACUUGAGGCUUCAUGUUUGUGUUGUUGGAUCUUGUUUUGUAAAAACUGGCAGUGUUUCCUGCCUUCUAGCUGUCACGCCACUUUCCACCGUGCUUUGAUCAUGUGCUGUAAUGUAUCCCAAGUGGGGUACAAUUGCUGAAAUGUGUCACUAUUGGGGUACAUUUGAUUUUAGUCAAGGCUAUGUGACCAAGAAUCAACCAAUGGCAGUCCCUGUUUAGUUGAGUGAAAGUCUAGGAAUAUAACAAGAUAUUUAAUAUUCACCAAGCUAAGCGGUGAAUUUAUCUGAUAUUUAGCAAAUUAACAAAAUCGCUCUAGUGAACUUGGAGUUUUGCCAAAUUUUUAGAGUAAAAACUUUUUGAACAUACAAGUAAAUCAUAGCGUUGAAGUUUUCAAAGGUAAGAAAAGACGUCAAAGUGUUUAAACAGCAUAAUUUAUCGUGAAGUGAUUUACCGUAGCUGACUUUUUCAAAUGCUAUUCAAAGAAUGUUUACAAAUACAGAGGAGGAGGUCAGUGUGUUGAAAACAAAGGCCCCGUAAGACCCCCUAAGUUUGGGGUUAGGUUUGCCCAGUGUAAUGACUUAAGUGGAACAUGAAUCACUCAGUUUCCCAACCCUAAUCAAUAUAAAGUUCAGAGUCAUUCGAUGGGGGGUAUUGCGGGGUCUUAAGGGUCUUUGUUUUCAAGACACCCGAGGAGGUCCUCACAAGACAAAUUUUGCCCAGAAAUGUAAGUUAGAAAAAGGAAAAAGUGAAAGUAUUUUAGAAAAUUGUACAUACCAGCAAGUAAGCAAGGCAAAGAAAACUACAGAUAAACAAUACUGAUCAUUGUCAGUACUUGCAACAAGAGACAAAAAAACACUGUUUCAUCAGUGAGUUGACAGAAGGCAAAUAAAUCUGUUCUCAGAUGGGGACUAGUUUUUUUUAACUAUUAAUGAAUCUUUUAAACCACUGGUGUUAUAGUUAGCUUACAAAAGGAUUGAAACAAUGAUUUGCCAUGUUUGAAAAUACUGUGAUGAUCAAACUUUACGGCAUCAAACAACAUGUUUACGGCUACUUGUUCACUCAUAAAUUAACCCGUCAAUCAAAAAUAUUGUUUUUAAUGGUCUCCUUUCUGAGGGUUGUUAAUCUUUUUAUUUUCUGUCAUUUUUUAAUGAGAUUUCACAAUCCAGCCAUCAGACCAGGUUGUUGCAGUUGGAAAACCUCUUUUACUCAAUUGCCAAGCACAAUACAGCGGAUCUGGAACUGUUCACAUAUCAUGGAGAAAUAAUGGUGUUUGGCUUCUAGAUCCAACCAACCAACCAUGGACUCAACUUACAAACCACUCUUUGUAUUACAGCAGCAUUCCUGCACAGAGCAUUGGUACUUUCAUCUGUGGAGCAUCAGUUACAGCGACAAGCCUGGUCAUUUAUAGCAGGACAGCAAAGGUUCAAGCGGCUUGUAAGUAUUUUGUAUCAAAUUACCAGUAAAUUAUUUUCUUUGUGAGCUAUCAAUCAAAGUUACAAAUUUUCCUCCUUUUAAAUGUGUAACAUACUCUUUCUUAAAUGAGUGUAGUAGUAGUAGUCUUAAAUGAGUGUAGUAGCCUCCUUCACAAAAAAAACAAAACAUUAAACAAAAACAUUAGCAUGGAGUAGCAGGGAGAUAUUUUGUGCUUUCUUCAAAGGUUUGAUAAUGAUGAGAACAAAAAUGAAACCUCUAGCAACCCAGGAUACCACAAGGAAUUUUCUGGUGGUUGAAGGCAAUUUACCCGUACCAUGUAUAAUUUUGAAUGUGCUUCGUCGGCAGGAGAAGUUGCUGUCAAUUUCUAUGUGCCAAAAUAAUCAACCUCUAGAGACUUAAAAAGUUUUAUUAAGUUUAUUUUAUUUUAUUUUACAGCAGAAAACAAAGCUAUUAGCAUUAGAAGAAACUUUUUAUGCUUUACACAUUUUCUCUGCAGAAAAUAGCAGUUCUGGUUAAUGAAAAUAAUCGGUCACGUAUCAAUGGGGAAUAGCAACUCUAUACCUGCCAACUCUCACGCCUGCGGGUUGAAAACUUUGAUCUCACGCCUGCGGGCCAAUUUCUCAUGCCUGAUUGAAAAAUGUGAGUUGUUGCCAUCUUGCUUGACACAAUUUCCAAAAAUAUGUUAACUCAGACCCAUGUAAGGAACGAAAACCAUGUGUAAAUGAAUAAAUAACAAUACCUUUCUCGCGAUCUCUGGUUUUGUGGAUAAGCGUUUUCUCGAUAACUUUGCGUUUGGCAGACUUCGGACGUCUUCGGAAGACUUCGGACUUCUUCGGGAAUCUUCGGAAAUGAUCGUGUCGUCUGCAAAAAUCCCAGAACUCCCAGGAUAAAAAUCUCACGCUUAUAUCUCAGAAAAAGUUGGCAGGUAUACAACUCACACAAAGGGGGUCCCCCCCCCCACCCCGGGCGCUCAAUUCCAGAAAUAAGACUUAAGCCCUGUUCAUACCGAAGCUAAUAAAGAUGUUUAAAAGCUGUUUAGUCAUAAUUAUGGUUUGAAAUUAUUUCCUUCAUAAAAGCUGCUUACUGACUUAAUUGAGUUGAUUGUAAAUGUUGUGAAUAUUACAAAACAUGAAUUCACAAAAUUCAACAUGUUUUGUUGAAUUUUGUGAAAGGUUUGAACCCAGGAGUCAUCUCAAAUGAAGGUUGAGUUUGAUCGUCUCAGUGAAUAUUAUAGUGACUGAAUAGUACUGUUGUUGUUGAAAGUGACUGUCGUUUUGACAACCUGUGUGGUAAUCAUCUUCAGAAUCAAAGCAAAAUGUAUCACGUCAGUUGAUGGUAUUAUACUCUGGUUAUUGAUCUGAUUGGUCAAUUACGUUGCGAUAUUAUUGGUCGUCUGUCAGUUAAGCCAUGAUGUUAUUGGCUAUGAAGACUCACAAUGUAAUUGGUGUGUUUCGAUUCAUCUAUUAAUAUUGUCACAGUGAAACAGUCGUCUAUUGUGAGUCAAAUUGACAGUUCUCCAGUCGUUCUCUUGUAGUUAGUUUUGCUUGAUCUUGUCAAUGAGUCGUUUGUAUGGUGUCGAUAACUAACUAUUGGCUACCAUUCAAUUGCAUUUGUACUAAGUUAGUAAUUAAAACCAGCUUUCUAAAGUAAGUCGUUGAUAGUCGUCUGUAGAAUACCUAAUACAUGUUGCAGAGUUCCAGUCAAUUUGAUGUUUCGUCUGUAAAUGGUGUUCACCAAUGUGCUUGUUGACAUCACCAUUUCUCGUCACUCAUUUGUGUUCAGUCAGUCACGUGUUAAGGUUUCUACCCAUUUCACCAAUGUAAGUAGCCUUGCAGUCAUAGCAUUUGAUCUUGUAUACUGCUCCCUGUCUGUCCUGCGGUUUGUCUUUGUCCUUGACAUUAGUAAGUAGUGGUCGUAAAGUGCAGUGGCGGGGGGAGGGUCACGGGGUCAAAUCAUGAUCAUGCUAAGUAUAUUAAACGACUUAAAGAACUUUACAAAAUGAACUAUCAAGUCACAAAAAAUAAUAAAAUAAAGUAACAAACUCGUAGUGGAAAGACUGACUUGAUUUGGCUUUCAUUUGGGUUUCAUUUGUUUACGUAAUGGCACAUAUAGGUAGGGUUUCUCUCUCUCGGAGUCUGCUUCACUGCUGUUUUGUUCUGAGGUGGCGGAUUACAUUCCUAAGAACAAGUUAAUUUUUUAGCAUCUGUUUAUCAUCUGCCAAACAUGUUUGUACAUUCCAGGUGACUCCUUUAGAUGAACCCUAGUGUCUUUCACACCCGUUUCCUGUGUCAUCACGCAAGGCUAAACUCCCUUGCGUCACGACACGGGAAACGGAGACUAGUAGGGGUAAUCAUUGUUAAAAAUGUUAUUAAAAAAAUCUAUAAUGCAAUGGAUUCAGAAGAAAACAAGUUAAUACGAGCCGAAGUUAAUAAAAAUGGGUUGAAAAAUUUUAGAAUGAUUGUACCUGGAUUUUUAUACACCUUUAUUAUGUUUUGGAACGCAACUUUCAUCCCGGCCCUCUUCUUGGGAGUGAUGGGAUAUGCGCGCUUCUUAUUUCUUAGUUUUGUGUUAAGCCAAUGGUUGAUGAUACAGGGGACCAGGAAGAGUAAGAUUUUAGGGGGAAGUGGAUGUUUUGUCCGAUUCUCGUAUUUCAUGUACGUGACAUGUUGUCGUCUCGCCUUAUUUCAGACAUUUAUACCCUGUUUUAGAUGGUUUUAGAUUGUUUGCGAGUGGUUGUAGAUGUUUUUGAGGUGGAAUGUAGAUGGUUGUAGGUGGUUGUUGAAUUUUUUGAGGUGGUUGUAGGUGGUUGUAGAUGGUUUUAGGUGGUUUUAGGUCGUUCCAUGUUUUAGUAACUACGCCCUUUCAGACCUGAUGCUUGUUUGAGACUGAAAUUCGUAAAUCGACAGGAUCGUACAUCACUUUUAAACUAGCUGAUUUUUUUAAAAUGAAACGCUCAUUGCAUUUUGCCACUAAACUACUAAUUCCAGGGAUACCUCCUAUAAUCUGUUCGCAUCUGCUCUCAAAGCAGUUUUUCCUGCACCAACAGCGACCGGCGUUCACAGAUUGAGAAACACGUGGUCUUCUCUGCUUUCUCAUUUAGUCGACAAUUAUGCAUCCUCUAUGAGUAGAAUUCAAGUACACGGGAAGGGGCCAAGGAGUAUUUAUAAGUUUCAACCGUAAAUGGUGGGAGGGGGUGUGGGGGAGAAGUAAUUUGCCACGAAAGAAUUCGUUCAACAGUCCUUGCUGAAAGUUUGGACCCCCCCCCCCAAUAAAAAAUUCCUGGAUCCGCCCCUCCAGUGGUUAUUGGUUUGUGUGCAACACAUAUAUUGUAAGGUUGUAGUAUAUGUGCGAUAGGUUCAGAGGUGCCUCUGAUGUACAGUAUAGCCGCUGUCGUAACAGGGCCAGAGUUGACGUUGGUUUUAGUGUUAAAAUCAGUGUUACUGUGAGUGUUCUGUCUAGCAAAGUCCGUGUUGUAGUUGUUCUUACUAAAAAUGUUGUUUAUAGGUAGUUAGUCUCGUCUUGUAGGUUGUCAGGUGAGUCACAAGCUAGUUGGGCUCAUCUCGUCAAAGACCGAAUAGUAGUAGCCUUGUGAGAGGUUGGGUUGUAUGAAGACUGUGGUCUAGUAAUCGGUCGGUAUGUGUCAGUUUUCUGUGAAUAGUCGUUUGUAGUCUGUUGUUGUCGCAAGUGUCCAAGCAGUCUAGAAAAGGUAUCUUGCUAUUUUCUUCGUUUUCUUUUGUGAAAUGUAUGUCCAUGUUCUGUCUGUUAAGGUGUUCAUGAAAAUCGUCGAUUCCAUCUUUGUGAACCAAAGAGUUAUAGUUCACAUGUAGGUAGCUAGGGCUAAGAUAAGGGCUAGUAUAAUACGAUCAACUGACGUGAUACAACUCCCUUUGACUCUGAAGAUGACUACUGCACAGGUUGUCUAAACGUCAGUCACUGUUAACAACAACAGUACUAUUCAGGACUAUGUUCACACGGACAAACUUAAACUCAACCUACUUUUGAAAUGUUGAAUUUUAUUGGAAUCCUGCAUGAAAGCUUUUGUGUUCCAGUUUUCCUUGUCUUUUUUCCAUGUCUUAAAACCUUGUUUAAUUAAACUUGUUUAGUUGGUGUGAAUGGGACAGUAGGUGAGGGUUAAUUUGUCAGAUUAUUCCGUCUUGUAAUAACUUCUUUUCCACCCUUUCAGUUGACUGAUCUACAUCUACAUCUACAUUUAUUAAGUUGAUAAAAUCUUGUAAGACAUUUCACAUGCUUUCCUAAAUUUAACUUAAUUUCAGAUAAUGACUUGCAAUUUACUAAGUCAGCGGGCAGUGAGUUCCACUCGUUUAUUGAUCUUGGAAAAAAGGAAAACUUAAAGACGUCCGUUAUAGAAACUUUUGGCAUUCUAUACUUAAAAGCAUGGCUGUUGCGUGUUCUUAAUUCACUGUUUGGUAUUAAGUGUUGUUCUGUGUUUAUGUCUACUAGAUUAUGACUAAGUUUGUACAUUAAAGUCAAUCUGUUUUUCUUUCGUCUUGUUUCUAAUGUGUCCCAUUUCAGAUCAGAUAACAUGUCUGUCACACUUGUUGUUUUGGUGAAGUUUUGAAGGCAAAAACGAGCAGCUUUUCUUUGAACUCUCUCCAAGGUUAAAAUAUCUUUUGAUCUGAAAAAUAUUUGAUGGUCAGUAGCUUUACAUCUGCUUUCACAAUAACCUUUUAGUGAUAUACUUCUGAAAUAUGUUCUAGUCCAGCAGAGGCCCAAAGGUGGAUCCCUGGGGACAGCCUCCUGUAACAUCCAUCUAACUCUGGCCUAAACUCUAGCUGUUUGUUUCAUCCACAAGAGUAUAGCAUUGAACCCAAUUUAGAGCCCCAUCUAAAAAAUGAUAUAAAUCUAAGUUUUGAAUGAUGGAUUGAUGAUGUUUGAACUUUACAAGCCUUUUUAAUUUAUUUUUUCUAAAAUAUUUCCAGAUAUCAGCUCCCAGUUUUUUACACAUCCUGUAAACAUCACUAAAAGACUUGGACAGGAAGCCACAUUUGAUUGCGUGACAGAGAAAAGUCUACCUUAUGCUUCUAUUUACUGGGAAAAAGAUGGAAAAUACUUUGCAGAAGGUGUCUCAUUUCAAAUUCCAAGUACAGAAUCUUCAUCUUCCGCUCUGUUGGUGAAGAAUGUAACAUUUACCAGUGCAGGAUGGUAUAGAUGUGUGGCUACCAAUCCUUUGUUACCAAAUCAGCCUCAGAGAAGCAAAAAAGCUUAUCUUACUGUGCUGCGUAAGUGUUACAAUAAUAUGGUUUCAAUAGAAAGCUGUGUGAAUGCAAUGUGAUAUUGGUUUCUAUCCGUCAAGUCUAUAUCAGUGAAAAGUGGUUUCUUGGUUUCAGCUUUUAUUCUCCUUCAUAUAUUGACAUUUAAAGUGAUGAUUCUGUAAUGAAUGAUAAUUAUCAGCAUUUCUCAUACUCAGUCAUGAUGUUAAGCCACAGAUUACUGCAUACAUCACAUUCAUGCAUUUGGUUACCUGGUGAAAUACACUAAUCCACCACUCUCCUGUGUGUAAAAGUUUUAUAUAUAGCUUAUUUAUGCAAGAUCUCUCAACAAAAUGAUCUAUACUUCUGCACUGUAGUAUAUACUAUAGUGUUCCUUUUUUAAAAGCUGAUGUGGGAAAAGUUGCAAUUUGUUGUUGCAUGAGAGGAGGUUGUAUGUCAGGGGCUGCAGAUAACAUGAACCUGGUUGAUUGCUCGCUUUGCCGAGAUCUCAGCAUGGGAUAAUUACCUGCACAAUAGUCAGCCCCUCAGACAAGUCAGAUAGAAAAUGUUCAACCUUCUGACUUAAAGCUUUUUCAAACUUGUCACUCGUGAUUUGUUAUAGUAAAAACAUCACAAAAUAAUAAAAACACUGAUCCUUCAGCAUCAUGCGUUUAGUUUUGAUAACAUAUAUUUAUACUGUGAAAAGUUUGAACCCAGGAGUCAUUUCAAAAGUAGGUUGUGUUUGAUCGUCUGGGUGAUUGUAGUCCUGAAUAGGACUGUUGUUGUUGUCGACAGUGACUGACGUUUCGACAACCUGUAGUGUACGGUAGUCAUCUUCAGAGUUAAAGUGGGUUGUAUCACGUCAGUUGAUGGGAUUAUACCCUGGUUAUUGAUCUGAUUGGCCAAUUACUUCACGAUGUUAUUGGUCAUCUGUCAUUUAAGCUGUGAUGUUAUUGGCUAUGAAGACUCGUAAUCAGUAAUUGGUGCGUUUUGAUCCGUCUAUUGUCACAGUUAAACAGUCGUCUAUUGUUAGUCAAAUUGUCAAUUCUCCAGUCGUUCUCCCGUAGUUAGUUUUGCUUGAUCUUGUCAAUAAGUCGUUUGUACGGCGCUGGUAACUGUUGGCUACGAUUCAGUGGCGUUUGUUCUAAGUUAGUAAACCAGCUUUCUAAAGUAAGACGUUGAUAGUAGUCUGUAGAAUACGUUAUAAAUGUCACAGAGUCCCAGUCAAUUUGAUGUUUCGUCUUUAAAUGGUGCUCAGCAAUGUGAUUGUUGACGUCACGAUUCCUCGUCGCUCGUUUGUGUUCGGUUAGUCGCGUGUUUAGGUUUCUGCCGGUUUCACCAAUGUAAGAAGCCUGGCAGUCGAAGCAAUUGAUCUUGUAUACUGCUCCCUGUCUGCCUUCCGGUUUGUUUUUGUCCUUGACAUUAGUAAGCAGUCGCCGUAAAGUGGUUAUCGGUUUCUGUGCAACACGUAUAUUGUAAGGUAGUAAUAUACGUGCUUCUGAUGUACGGUAUAGUUGCUGUCGUAACAGGGCCAGAGUUGGUCUGAGUGUUGGAAUCAGUGUUACUGUGAGCGUUCCGUCUAACAAAGUCCAUUAAGAUAAUCAGUAAUUGACCAAUCAGAUCAAUAACCAGGGUAUAAUACCAUCAACUGACGUGAUUCAACUCAUUUUGACUCUGAAGAUGACUACCGCACAGGUUGUCGAAACGUACGUCAGUCACUGGCAACAACAACAGUCCUAUUCAGGACUACGUUCACCCGGACGAUCAAACUCAACCUACGGUACUUUUGAUAUAUUUAUACUGUCUGAUGAAACACCCUCUGCCAUUCUAGAAGUGAUAAUUAACUGGAAUGUUUUUGAUGAUUCAUUGACAGCUCAUUCUUUCUGACGGCUUAGAUUUUCUUGGGAGCUCAUGAUUUUAAAGACAUGUUAGUGUACAUUUUAAAGAUUUCAGAAUUCAAAAAAAGUGCACUUAUCCAGUAAAACUUACAAGUACUGUUUGUCACUCUUUUUCUGAUAGUUGCUAUUAAUAUCGACCACCAAUUUCUGUCACUGUCUUCAACUGAAAACACUGCAAUGCUAGGACAUUGACCAUAAACUACCGGUUAUAAGCUCCCCCGCCCCUCAACUCAAAUGCCCUCUUAGUUCUAGGCCCAUCUACAUGUAUAAAAUAUAUCUGAUUAUAAUAAGCCCUCCCCCACCUAAUAUUAUCCUCCCUUUAGCUUGUAUUGAGAUGAAAUUGAUUUAUUGUGAAAUUUUGAAGCUUAAUUAAAAACCAGUAACUGCAAAACACUGCUAUAGCAUGUUUCAAAGUGCUUUUUCGGUUCCAGUAACAAGUCUCCUCAGAUAUAAGCCCUUUCGGUUAUAAGCCCUUCUAAAACCCCUUAUGAAGGAAUAAGCCCAGGCCUUAUAUAUAAGCGGCAGUUUUAUGCUAAUCUCCGAACAGAGACUGUUUUGUAGUAAUACACGUAACUUUUCAAAAAAAAUAUUUAGUGUACAUUAAGCAGAUUAAUAUUUUUGAUUUACAGCUGUUCUGGAUACGCCUCAUUUUGGUGUUCAUCCAAAAAACACGAUUAUUGGAGAGAAUGUUCCAUCCAUAAUGAUAUGUCAAAUCCUGGGUGUUCCAACGCCUCUGGUAGCUUGGACCCAAAACGGACAGCAAGUUAAUAAUGUAUCUGACCGUUAUAUUUUAAGCAAUGGAUCACUUUACUUUGCACCCCCUGUCAACCGAUCAUAUGCUGGUCAAUAUGUGUGCAGUGGAACAAAUUCAAUAGGCUCUGUGUCAAGCCAGGCUGUAUUGUUGAGAAUUGCAUGUAAGUAGCAAUGCUCGUUUCAGCUUAACUAUACCACGUUUUGCCAGCCAUGACUGUGCUGAUAAUGAAGUGUGUGUGAGGUUUACUUUCAUUCUGAGUACCAGUCUCUACCUUUCCUGUUCAGUUUAUCUUAUGUUGCUUUCAUCCUUAAUUGUUUGAUCGUGCAAAUUGUCAUUAGGCUCGUCAAUCAAAUAUCUGUUUGAUUCAGUUACCAAUGGGAUCAAGAACAGGCUACAAUGUAAUUUGCAGUUCGUCUACAUCUGCCACUAAAAAAUAAUUAUAAAUGUCUUCAGAAAGUUACUAAUAUUUUGUGUAGAUUAAUGGAAGAAUUGAUAAACGUUGUUAUGGUGGAUUACUUUUUUUUUAGAUUUUGACUUUUCAUUCAUUGAGAACCCAAGUAAUCGUACUGCAGUGGUAGGGGAUGCUGUUAGUAUCAGGUGUGUUCCACCAAUCAGUUUUCCUGUCCAGGUCACCAUUCAUUGGUACCAUAACUAUCAGCUGAUAGUACCAGAUGCCGCUGCUACCAUUUCUAUUGAUAGUUCUGGAACCAUUAUGCUUAACAGUAUCAAGAAGUCUGAUGAGGGGAUAUACUUCUGUGAUGGAACAAAUUCUUUUCUUCAGGUUACCAGAACGUCUUUGCCGGCCUAUGUGACUGUAUAUGGUAUGUAGUUUUAUUUUGCCCCGAGUCAAGUAAUGAUAGUGAUCUUAGCAUCUGGCAUUGCACUUAGGAAAAAGCCUGUAGACCCGGGCCCCAGGCCUGUAGAUAGUUUCUGAUGUCAGAGACUGCAGCCACAGUUUGUUGUACAUGAAUUCAAAGGAGACAGACGGCAAAUUGUUGUGGCUCGAAAUACAACUUGUACCUUAAUGUCGUAAUUAACUGUUCAUCAGUAGGACGCAUAAAAUUUGUGCAGUUCCACAAAUAUUGGUUUCGGCUCCAUUUAAUCCUACCAUAUCCUUGGUGUAUGGUGUGUGUGCACGUACAAUUGUUAUUCGCACGUGCUUUAUUUACUUUUUAAUUAACGUGUGUAUUUAGUUCGUUAUUAAACGCAUUACAUUUUCUUGAGACAGUCUUUCUAACUAGUCUACCUUGUCAGUAACUGUGCUCACAUUGUGGGUGGCUCCUCCUAAAAAUGUUCUACAGUUGGCAUGAGAAGAAGUUACCAGACAUUCAUACCCAUAGCUAUGUUUAGUGGCGUUGAAUAAACUUACCUAGCACAACUCAACCAUUGAUUGACAGUCCCCUCGCCCGCAUUGUAGUGAUAUACUUGUCGACGAUAACGCUAUGACACUUGAAGAAUUUAUUAAAGGAGCUGAGCAGAAGAGUGGAUUUGAAGCCUUGCUGACUGAGAUACGAUGAAAGUCGGCGAAGUCUGUUAACAAAGUCCAACUUGGACGUGUUACAGUCAAAAUUAUUUUGCUAACGGACUAUUUAAAAUGCAUUAUUGGAAUUUUCCAUAAUACAGCUACAGAGGUUUAUUGAUUCUACAUCAAUCUCUGUUUCAUUUUCAGUUCCACCUAAAAUUCAUGUUCAGCCCAAGGACACUAAUGUUACAAAUGGCUAUUCUCUAACUUUGAACUGUGAAGCUACAGGCUUUCCUCAGCCAGUUGUAUCAUGGCAAAAAGAUGGUCAAGCUGUUGAUACUAGCCAUGUAACUCUGUUGUCCAAUGGAAGCCUGUAUAUUUUUAGUACUGUUAUGCAGGAUGCUGGACAGUUUAGUUGCAAUGCUUCUAACAGUGCUGGUUCUGCUACAGUGUCUGCUGAUGUUGUUAUUUAUGGUGAGUGCUCUAGAUAAUGUACAUGUCAGUAACGGCAAAUUACUUGUAAAAUAUUCCUUUUUAUGCAGUCUACCAAUGUUUUGCGUGCAUAAUUCUUCUGAAAAUUCACGGACCUGCAUUUACCCAUUAUGUCUUCUUGUGAGAGGCAAUAGUGAUCCAAAUCAAUGAAAUCAUUGUUGUAGUAGACAAACUUGUUGAUAAUAUUAGCACUGUGAACUUUGUUGCAGUUCCACCAUCUCUCAUCUCUUCUGCUGAAAAUGCCACUAGGACUGUUGGUGAAUUUGUUAGAUUUCAAUGUUCCUUUUAUGGAAUCCCACAACCAGAUGUUCAUUGGUUUUAUGUUUCUGGGGGAUCUACAGUGCAACUAACACAGACAGCCCGGUAUUUCAUCUCAGCUGGAAAUCUUCAAAUCACACAAUUAAAAAAGAGGGAUGAAGGAAAGUACAUUUACCGGGCUGUCAAUAUUGCUGGACGAACGGAAUCUUCAGCCUACUUAAAUGUGAAAGGUACAACUUUGGUUGAAGUUUGUAUACAUGAACUUGGUAGCCCGCUAUACGUGUCCUCAUUUGACACAAAGAAUACUUGCCUGCAGGAGCAAGGCUACGUAGAUUUAGCUGUUUUAUGGUAGUCGAGCGAUUUUCCGUUUUUUCAAAGCCUGAUGACUGUGAAAGCACAGGUCGGUAAUUUGAAAACGAUUUUGAUCGGAAUUGUCUGGUCAAAAUUACGAGAUGUUAAUUUUCUGUUUGGCUGAAUUAUGUACGUUUAUGUGUGGUUUGAAAUAUCCUGAUGCCGUCACGAGUGGUACUACUGGAACUUCGUUCUCAGGGUCCUCUCUUACUCGUGAGAGGUUGGUAUAACUGAAUGGAGAAGGAUGUAGAGCCAUACUGUUGUUUUUUACAGGUUGAGAACUUGUAUAUCAGAAUUAUACAAUGGCUUAGUUUGAUGUAGUUUGUCUUGUAUGUGUUGACUAAAAUUAUUGCAUGAUUUAACUGUGUUUCCUUUAUUUUAGCAUUUCGGUGUAAAAGCCAACCAUGAUUUAACUAUGUUUAAAUAUGCAUGUUUUUGUGACCCUUUCUAGUUCCAGCAUCUCUUAACUCAGAACCAAUGAAUGUGACUGUAAACGAGUCAUUGUCAGCUUCGUUUCGGUGCAAUGCUUCAGGCGACCCAAUACCCACGGUCACGUGGUUCAAGGGAGGGUUUCAGUUAUCUGCUGGUGGUAGAGUGGUUAUUGGAGAAUACAUUUUGACAGUUGUGAACACAGUAGCAAGUGACAGUGGACAGUACAGCUGUAAUGUCAGCAAUGGCAUUAGUUUCCAUGUUGGUGUAGCUUAUUUGAUUGUACAAGGUAAGAGCCUGUCGCUGGUAACCUAUUUUCUCGUGAGUCACUUUCAGUUGAAUUUAAUUAUUUAAAUAUCGACCUCCAAACGCUUGUUAAUAAGAUUAUUGCAGAACCUCGCUGAUAUAAUCCAGACUUGUGUUGAAUCGAAUCUAAAAUAUUUUGGUUUGUCAAUUUUUUUUAAUGAUGAAUGAAUAAAUGAAUGAAUGAUAACUUUAUUUACACACGGUUUAAAAAAGCGUAUUUUGUAAAAAACCUCGCCAAAAUCCUGGACAUGCCACUGCACGAGGAGUCACUCGAGCUGUACUCUAUCCUUUGAUCUCAUUGGCUAACGUCAAAACAAAAGAAUUUACGUCACGGAAAUCGUUUGGCCGCUCGGGUUCGCAGACGUUAUUUUCGGGUGGAGAGAAGCGACGACUAACGGAAAUAAGUCUUCGUCCGCAGGCUAACUGACGACUAGCCAUUUGAUGAGAAAUGUGUACGGCUUUUCGCUAUUCUUUUUCGAAGCAAAACCCCGAAAUUAAAGUGUACCAGUUUAGUAGCUUGAGCUGACAAUGAACGGGUAAACAGCAAUUGAGAACUUCUGUUUUCAAACCUCCGUUCCAUGACGACCAAAGGCGUUGCGCAAACAAGGAUGUUUUUGGUCACAAGUCUGCCAGUUAAGUUGCUGAGCAAAUCCCGCGGAGAAUACAGCAACUCCCGUUAUAAUUGGGGACACCCUCGUAAUAGCGGGGUACGAGAGAAAAAAAUUGUUUUCUCUUUAAACUUAUGAGAUAAUAUGUAAAAGUGCCAAAAGCGUUGUAGUUUCGACAAUUCUUUACUUUUUUUAACUAUGGACCAUAAACGGUUAAAGAUAAUAAGAUUAUAAAUAGAUCUAAAUGCGUAUGCUGUAUUAUCACUUCUAAGUUCCUGCAAUGACAAGGGAUACAUAAGAAAGGGCUUUAAAAACCAAACGGAAACUCCUCCGGUAGCGUGAAUGGCUAAAAUGUUAACUUGCUGUCAAAUAUAAUGUUUUUUAUUGUUCUUGGGAGCUCUUUUCUCGCAGAAAUGUUGCACAGUAUACUCAUAACAGAAACCUGUCUAACGACUUUUGACUUUUACAGUGGAGUGUUAAAAUUACGCAAAAUGUUUGUAAGCUCUAAUGGCAAUGUCUUUUUCUGCCUAAAAUUGCUGUACAGCAGUCAUUUGUUGACUCUUUUACAAAGAAGCGGUCGAUAGUACUUUGUGUCAUUUUUUCUUUUAUAUAAUUGUAACGUCGCUUUAUUCUUUAUGUUAUGUGAGUCAGGCUUUUGGACGAAGUACUCAAGUAUCCGCUAUAGCGAGAGAAAAAACAAGUGAAAUGUCGCGCUUAGGGGCAGGAAAGUGUCCGCAUUUCCGUAAUAGUGGGAGUUUGUUUCAGUCGUUUCUUUACGCGUUUCGCCGAGGGGUUGGCUCUUGUCCACAUUAGCGGGGUGUCCGUAGUAGCGAGGUGUCCGCAAGGCGAAAGUCGACUGUAAUAUGCGUGUAUCGCGAUCUUAAUUAAAUAUAAAAGACCAUUCGUAGGAUAGGAAAACAAAACGUCCAUGAUCAACAUGAACUCAACCCGAAUUCCUUGUUAAAUUCCCUAGUACUGUUUCAGGAGUGUACAACGUAAUGUGGCGAAUUCACGCGUCUCGAUGAAUGAAGACCUGGAGACCGACUUUUCGUAGUUGAAAAUCCACCUCUGAUCCUGUUUUGUCGAUCUAUAAUCCUGCUAAUGUAUCAUUAACUGUUUUGACAUACAUACAGUACAUCUGGGCUGUCUGUGGGUGCCACAGACUUUUCAUGCGCGGUUUCCGGUUUCGGUCAAGUCUUUAGAGUGACCCGAGCGAAACUCCUCUGGCCCAGGGCGCUAUUGCUUUGGUAGCGCCCAGCCAAUUCCAAGCGCGCAAGUAGUUUAGUCUAGAAUUUGGACAUGUCAGCUAAUUUGCUCCUAACGAUUACCAGAAGGACUUUAAAUCCACCAGACGCUACAAAUGGUUGACAAUAAUAGGACUCCACAUGAAACAAUUUUUCAAACUGUGCUGUUUUUGUAAGGAUAACCAUGUACUCUGUUCUUGCGAUGCUGAAAGUUUUGAAACUGGCCGACGGAAAGUAUCAGCAAUAAAACGCUCGACGGAGAGGAGUAGUUAAGCGCGAGGAAAACAACAGAUAUGUUUUAUUUUAUGAGCGCAUGUUAGGACAGUUUGGCGAAUGUAUUGCUCUCUGGUCUUGUCGACUGGUUGCUGUUGCUUGUUUAAAAAGAUCUAUUUCCGACGCUUUCCGCAAUCUGCUCUCAGUGCGUUUCGGAGACGGGUUUGAGCACUGCUGGUUUGACCACACCCCACCAGCUCAUUCACUGGUGAUCUUAUGACGGCUGUUGAUACUUUCUUCCCCUCUUACCGCAUCAAGAUCUAUCCAAGUGAUAAACCCUGGAUGUCUCUUGAGAUAACAAGGAGUCUUCAUUCGGGUUUUAAAAGGUCGGGGGCAGAUUUAGUGACAACUAUGACUAGUUGUAAAUAGGAUUUUAAUAGUUAGCAUUGUUGUCAAUAAAAUUUUUUCAUUAUUUAAAAAAAUUAUUAUUAUUAUUAUUAUCAUUAUCAUUAUCAUUAUCAUUAUCAUUAUCAUUAUCAUUAUCAUUAUCAUUAUCAUUAUCAUUAUCAUUAUCAUUAUCAUUAUCAUUAUUAUUAUUAUUAUUAUUAUUAUUAUUAUUAUUAUUAUUAUUAUUAUUAUUGCUGUCUUACAGUUAACCAGCACAAUUCCCGAAGAAUUGGAGAGAGUUGAUCGAAUUUUCCUUCCCCGGGCGGCAAAGUUCUAUUCGUGUUGCAAUUUACGUAUAUUUCUGUCAGAAGUGUAAGACCAGACCGCCGAGCAGUAAAAUAAUUUACAGAAAACAAGCGCGUUAAUUAAAAUCGCUAGAAGGUCUUAAUCAAAAGCGUGUUUUCCGCGAGUUAUCUAGGCUAGCUUAGAAAUACAAGAAGCAGUGAGAGCUGAGAUAUGGCAAUCAAAUGUCAGGUGAAUAGUCACCUUAUAUCACGAACCAGUUGUUACAGCCGCAAAACUGACGCGACAAACUGAAACAGCGACUGCAACAAGAGAAUCCAGCGAUAUUCAUACAAACACACUGUAGACAUGAGCUCUAAAUUUGAUGUUAACGCAACAUGCGCAACUGGUAUAAGCCAAAAUGGUUAAUUGAAGUUCUAAAAGUGUUCAAAAGCUUAUCUGCCUGGAUAGUUCACUUUUUCAACCUAAGCAAAUUUUAUAGACAUAAAUCCUAAUCUUAACGGCUUUGAUGUGUCAACUCAACUUCCAUACAGAAACCAGCAAGAUGUUGUUGUUUCCCCCUGGAUUUCAAUUUUUGAAUUAAGUAUUACCGACCUUCUUUCCUACCAUGUAAUCCGAUGAAAAAUCUCAAAGUUCACAAGCGGUAAAUGGCAUCGAUCCGUACAAGUGGGUUGUUCCUCGUGGCUCCGGCUUGUAUGCUCCCACGCAGACGUUCUCAAAAAAAUUCCCUGGUACCCAAGAAACAGUUUUUUACUGGUUGUUUACAAAAGAAACCCUUUUAUUAUGGUGAAGCGGUGCUGUGGAAAAGUUUUCCCCUUCUGGAGAUCAGGCAAUCGCGAUUAUUAAAUAAAAAACUUGAUAAGUAUUUCAAUUGUGCUUUAUACAUGGCUUAUUGUAAAUUAGGUCUUCUUAUUUUCCUCUCAGAAAGCCAGGAACUGCAUUACUUAAAUGUCCAAUUUUUAGCCCUCAGCCCCCUUCUCUCACCCUGGACGGUCCGUCCUCUUACAGAGGAGAGGAGUGCUUGGUCAUUGAUUUCCUCUUGUCUGUGUCUACGUCUGAGUAGGAUGUAGAUCCCUUAAGAUUUGAUUGUAUUUUAAUAUUAUUAUCUUUUUGUUCCUGCUUUCAGUUGCUCCAAAUAUCACGUUAUUUAAUGUUCCCAGGCUCAUUGGUUCAGGAAUGAAUGCCACACUGCUGUGUGCAGCCACUGGUAUUCCUCAGCCAACGGUCACGUGGCAAAGAAAGGAUGCGAUGCUAUCACGUGUCCAGCAUGUGGCAAACAGUACGUUUGUAAUCGUUGACGUAGUUCAAGCCAACGGUGGGAUGUACUCUUGUGUUGCUUUUAAUGCUGCUGGUGUAUCAUCAAAACAUGCAAACCUAACUGUACAAGGUUAGCUACAGCUUUCCUCCUUCGAUAAUCACGCGUUCUUAACUGUCUAAUGUACAAUUAUGUUGGGUUUCUUUCUUAUUGAUUCUGAGUUUAAAGAAAUCCUUGAAAUAAAUACUGAUCUCUUGAUAGUACGUUAGCACGUCGUCCAUAGCUGUCCAUCAUAUUUAUCAUGUGAUAUUUAUAUGUAAUUUCAUCGACGAAUUGCGUUUUAACUUACGUGCCCCUGGGUACUACGUGAUUAAAUAAAAUUUUGUUUGAAGCAUACUUAAUUAUGUUUAAAAAGAAGAACUUGUUGGGUGCGCCUUUGAUGGUUCUGUGCUACCAAACCGUGUUAACUGUAUUCUGUACAAAAAAACAAACACGUUACUUCCGAUUUCCAAAACCUCUUGCCUUCAAAACGAGGAAGAGUGCGAAAUCUUUCUUGUAAAAAUGAGUUUUAUUAUUUGCAUGAAAAUCAUUUAAAAAAAAAACAUUUGUCAUAUCAAUGGCUUCUCACUCACCUUCGCUUUGAAACAGGGGCUUGAAGAAUUGAUGAUUGAUCUAUUAUUGAUGGUUAUAAUACUAUUAUUGAUUCCUAAUGUUUUACGGACGGAUUAUAUUAUCUUUAACUACUAUUUGAUUAGUAAUGGUAACAGGACUGAGUGGAGUCCAAUUCGGUCUGUAAUCAUACGAGUGAUUAACAAAAUCGGACGACCGCGUAGCGGGAGUCCGAUUUGUUUAAUCACGAGUAUGAUUACAGACCGAAUUGGACAACACGAAGUUCUGUUACCAAUUAAUCAUAAGUUUAACAAAAUAUAAUAAGCUAUUUGUUAAAUCAAAACACAAGAAAUUCGAAAUUUUGUUUUGCUAGCAGUGAGAAAAAAAGCCAUUUAAGCGCGCGCGUGAUGGCGCGUACUGUCCAAUUACUUAGGCAUGACGCGUACUGUCCUAUCAAACUGUCCAAUUUAUGAGGCUGAAAUCAGGGCAGUUGAUAGCCAAUCAGAUUGACAAUUUUGUUAUUGUUAUGAUUAAUGAAGUAACACUUCUUAUCUAAAACACUUAUUUUGUGUCUAUAUUCCUUCUACUCAUAUUCUUGUUUGGGUCACCUACUCGGUUAGUUCCACGAGCUAUUUAGGUGUCCCAAACUCUGCACAAUAACUGAAAAUUUCUUUUCUCUCUCAAUCUCUCGAUUUUAUAUUUUAAAGCACUAAUUUGUAUUAAUUAUUAUUCUGUGUGAGUUUAAAUAAAAAUUGACUUGACUUGACUUGGAAGCAGUCUGACUGGUUUUUUUCGAACCACUCAAGUAUAAUGUUAGCGUAAAAUAUUCGCCUGGUGCUUUUGCUAGUGCAAUAAGAUGGCGUCCCUUAAUACGUGCAACGCAAGAACGAAGGCAUAAGCAGAACAUACUGUUUUUGUAAACCAAACUAGUACUUAUUAUUAUUGUUUUGUUUACUGGUUAUUUCAUAGUGACACCCAGUUCUCCAAUCAUAAUCUCAGCCAUCCCCCAGUCCUCUACCUCCAUUCAGUUGUCAUGGAAACCAGGUUUUGAUGGACACAGCUCUAUUACUGGUUACAAAGUUGAAAUGAAGAAGUUGAAUGAGGUCUAUAUCGUGUUGGCUGAAAACCUGUUGGUGAUGUCAUACACUGUGAGAAAUCUGGAUCCGUACACGACUUACCUGUUCCGGAUAUCAGCGCGUAACGCCAUUGGCGUAAGUCCUGGUGCAAAUACAAGCAACACCACCUUACAAGAUGGUGAGUCGAUCAGAAUAUAACAUGUACAAGUUCUUUAAACCAUUUAGUGAGGUUUAUUUAUUUAUUUAUUUUGUUGCCUAGUUUCCUUAGUAUUGAUUCAAGAGUCGAGGACUCAUUUUAAUUUUACUAUAAUUUUGUGGCUUUAAACUAACCGGUGGUUUUUGUCGUAGCUGUUGUUGUUCUUCACUGGGAACCACCGAUUAUUACCACUUUUAAGCUUAUGAGAACCAUGACUUUUCCUAUUACUUAUAGCGAAGACAGGAGUGUUGAAUAACUAUUCCUGUUCCAUUUUAGCCCCUUCGUCUCCAAGAAACUUAACAGCAAAACCUUGGAAUGCGACUGCAGUUAGUGUAACCUGGAUCAUCCCCGCCAAGCCUUAUGGACAGAUCACCUUGUACGAAAUUCAGUACAAUGCUGUCGGCAGUAAUGACGUCACUAGUAAAGUUUUAUUAGCAAAUGAACUUCAAGAACUCGAGGCCUUGAUUGACAGCCUGAAAGCGUUUACUAGUUAUCAGUUGAGGAUUCGUGCAGCCACUCUAGAGGGAAUGUGGGGUAACUUUUCAUCAGUAGCUGAGGCUAUCACACUUGAGUCAGGUACUCCCGCCAGUCGUUAUUUCUUAAGAUCAGGCUGAGAUUACGUUCUGGUGUAUAACAAUGUUAAUUGCUAUUUCCAUUCCCUUUUUAGUUUCAUUGUAACUCUUUGUCUGUUUACUGUUUUUCUCGCAGCUCCCUCUGUAGCUCCUAAAGAAGUCCAGCUUCAAGCAUUGUCGUCGGAUUCCAUUUUAGUUCAUUGGAAGGUAAAUUAAUUAAAACAUACUUCUGUUUAAAGCAUGGGUGACUUUCAUAUCUGCUUAAAACUAUUAUGAAAAAAAGGUUUACUCCGUUUUGGGAGCCUCUCCUUAUAUGAUACAUGUUACCUGUUAAUUAUUUUGAAGUACUCCAAGUUUGCAAACUAGGUGCGCCCCAUGAUAGCUGCUCCAUCAAAUCCUAAUUUCCACCUUAAGUCACAAGUGUCGAGACUACUUUUUUGUUGCCCUAGAUGAUUAAUUAACCAGUUCCGCGUUUAGUUAUCAACAAUGAACGAAUUACAGUGCUGUUUAUUCUGUUUCUUGCAACAUUCCGCGUUUGUCCUUUUGUCUGCAGCUUGUUCCUCCACACUUGGCUAACGGUAAUGUCAGGCAAUAUGUAGUAAUUAUGAAAGCGACAGGUCCACACAGAGUUUCAGACUCCAGAAACGUAUCCGCAGGCACAGCAGACAAUCUUACAGUAAGUGGGCUGUUUGCGUGGACAAAUUACAAUGUAAGCGUUCAAGCCGUUACGGUUCAUCCCGGUCCCAAGAGCCCUUACAAGCAAGUCAGGACUUUAGAAGCUGGUAAGUUACGUUUCUCAGCUUUUCCUUUUGUAAAAUAUUGAACCUUCGUCAAUUUGUUGAUUUUUUGAACAAGAACGAUCAGGAAAGAUCUCGAAGUGUCAAAGCGGAAAUCGUCAAGCCCACUCUACCGAGACAGCCUUACUUCACUUUUCUGAGGACAUUUUAAACAAUAUGGACGAGAAGAAAAUCUCAUUGAUAGUGUAGUUAGACAUGUCGAAGGCAUCUGACAGCAUUCUGCUUGGGCGCCUACUUAUGAAACUCUCCACAUCAUCGGUUUCUCCACGUCUGCUCUGACCUGGUUUGAAAGCGAUUUUAGCCAACGCGGUCAAUUUGUUAGGAUCGAGGAUGCUACGUCCGACAUACUACCUGUGAAUUUUGGAGUACCCUAAGGAUCUAUACUAGGUCCAGAACUGUUUACAGUGUAUGUUAACGAUCUAUGGCUUGUCUCUUCCCCCUGGUGAUAUUACCGAUGCAUGUGUCGCAUUAAAUCUAGGUCUUUUAGAAAUAACUAGGUGGUGUUGCGAGAAUUCUCUUUUGAUCAAUCCUGCAAAGACAAAACUUUUGGUCAUCGGUGUUCCUCAACUCUCGCGUAAUUUGCCACGUUUGUCUAUCUGUAUUCUUGGUAAGGAGAUAGAGCCUGACCUGUAGCCAAAGACCCGGGCGUUUACAUCGAUGAGACUCUUAGUCAUACCGAACACGUAUCAAAGUUAGUCUCGAGCUUUGUUUAAUAACUUGUUCAAAUUAACAGGAUCAAGCUUUUGUUAGAUUCAAAACCGUUACUUCUUUAUAAUUAAUGCCUUUCUAUUCACUAAACUCUUUUACUAUCCGACAGUUUGGGGUAACACAUCAAAAUCAAACAAAAAAAAUACUACAACUGGUCCAGAACUUUGCGGGAAAAAUUGUCCUUGGCCUUGGGAAAUUCGAUCAUAUUUCUCAGGGCCUCAAAUCACUUCGUUGGCUCUGCAUCGAGGACAAACUGCUAUUAAAUACUGCUGUCACGGUGCAUAAAUGUCUGAACCAUCAAGUACCCGAUUAUUUAAACGACAAGUUUCUAUAUAGAUCGCAGGUCCACAAUAGACAACUUCGAUCUGUCGUUAAUAAUGACCUCAAUCUGCAUAUUGUGGGCUUUCUAGUGGCCGAGGUCAUUUGCUUUCCGAGGAGCAAAACUUUGAACUGUUCCCGUUCGUUUUGAACUGUUUUUAAACCGACAGUCUGCUGAAUUUUUAGACGAAUUCUACAAAGUUUAAAUGUUAGACAUAUUAUAUGUAGUUUUCUUAAUAUAACGUUUAUCCUUAAUACCAUUUUUCCUUUCUUUCACAAGUCUUGCUAUGUUAAUCUCCAACUACCUAUUUUUGUACCCUUUCAGGGAGCCCAAUAAACUUAUGUAUGUAUCAGCAUGUACGUAUGUUUGUAACCUUUGCGUAUGAGACUCACACCUUGCCAACCUUUAUUUUAUAGCACCCGGUCCGCCAUCAAAUGUUACUCUUGUAUCCGACAGCCAGCAUAGCAUCGUAGUCUUUAUAACUCCACCAGUACCAGCAGAGCAAAAUGGUGUCAUCCGCGGGUAUACUGUGUUUUACAGGGAGACCAAUUUACUACCAGAAGAAGGAUAUUUGUCUUUGAAUACUUCUAACUCCACGGUCAGGUUUAUCAACUUGACUGUAUUUACUGAGUAUUCAUUCAAGGUGGCCGCUUACACAAGCGCAGGUCAAGGACAGCACAGUCAACUGAAGCGAAUAUUCUCACAGGAAGGAAGUAUGUCUAUUGAUCUACUGCAUUUGUUUCUUCAUUCACUUGCUGAAUUAGGGCUCAUUCUCGGUGUAAGAACCUGUAAAACUCACUAGUGACGUAAAACAAAGGAAACAAAGAAGUCAACACGAUAGAACCUACAAAAACAAAAAUAUGCUGAACUAUUAUUUUCGCUCUUACAUGUAGGGUCCUUUUUUUGUGUACUAAAAUCUUAUUUCAUUUGUAUCAACUUUCUAAAGAGUAAUUUAUUGUAAGUUCACUAUAGCAGAGGAGGUUCCCUUAAAGCGUUUGAGUUUCUGUUAACACAACAAGAACAAUAUAUUAUCAUGUAUUUCAACACAGCAAAGAACAUAUUUAUCAUUUACUUUAACUCAAACGCAACAUAUUAUGUGUGUUAACGCAAACGCAACAUAUUAGGGACCUUAAGAUACCCUGGACGCGGCGGUAAAGAGAACGGAGAAAGCCUGGAGUGAUGACGCCGCCACCUUCGCGGGAAAAACAAAUUAAGAUUGAGCAGGUUGGGUUGAGUGCUCGCCUGACGAGAGAGGAUAAAGUAAUGCUUUCGUGUUUUAAUUCCAUAAGUCGUGAAGUCUUGCUUGAUUGAUACCUUAACGAUCUUUUAUUGGAAGAAAAAUUUGUGCUGCCGGCUAUUGCUCCAGUUUCUCUAAAAAAAAACCGAAUUUCUUCGAGGGAAACUUGAGGGUAUGACCGGAGUUCAGUUUAUCAGCUAUUUGUUGCCAGACUUUUUCGCUUUCCGUUGUUCUAGAUCUUGCUUUAAAACGAUAUGAGACCGCUCCAUCGCUGAACUGAAAGUGAACAAAAUAAAAUUAUAAAAGUUAAUAAAUGAACCAUGGCGUCUUGUUCAAGAUCUCAAUUUUCUCCGACAUGUUCAAGUUUAUUACAAGCCUAGAUUUUUUGUUUUUCAACAAUUUUUAUUCGACUUCUUGUCUCUUAAAGUUUUCAAAUACUAUCCUAAAGCGAGAACGUUGACCCCUUAAAAACAAGCAGUUAUAGUGUUACAUUUGUAUCGAAAGACUCAGCACUUUCAUUCUCAGUUGCCGCCAAAACACUGAACCCAAAAGGCUUGAAAGCAAAAAAUAAGAGGCAAUCUUGAGAGAACACCUCACUAAAAACACUUAAAUGUGUCUUAUUAAGUAAACGGAUCGAAAAUCCUGUACGAAAAGCAAUUUCUGCACUGAAAACAAGAAAACCAACUCACCGUUUUACGAGGCGGCCAAACUUCUAGUUUUCACCCUCGCGACUUCAGGUCGACGCUGUGGCAGUAUGCUAAUUAGUUCCAAGAAUUGAACAUUUCACUUCCGGUUGACGUCCUCCUCGGCCGCGUCCAGAGUAUCUUAAAGUCCCUAUUAUGAUGUAUGUUAACGCAACUCAUUAUAAUUAUUAUGCAUGUCAACACAACAAAUGCAAAAUAUGAUGUAUGUUAACGCAACAAACCCAAUAUAAUAUGCAUGUUAACACAACAAACGCAAAAUAUGAUAUAUGUUAACGCAACAAACCCAUUAUUAAUAAUAAGCAUGUUAACACAACAAACGCAAAAUAUGAUGUAUGUUGACGCAACAAACCCAUUAUUAAUAAUAAGCAUGUUAACACAACAAACGCAAAAUAUGAUGUAUGUUAACGCAACAAAGCCAUUAUAAUAUGCAUGUUAACACAACAAACGCAAAAUAUGAUGUAUGUUGACGCAACAAACCCAUUAUUAAUAAUAAGCAUGUUAACACAACAAACGCAAAAUAUGAUAUAUGUUAACGCAACAAAGCCAUUAUAAUAUGCAUGUUAACACAACAAACGCAAAAUAUGAUGUAUGUUAACGCAACAAAGCCAUUAUAAUAUGCAUGUUAACACAACAAACGCAAAAUAUGAUGUAUGUUAACGCAACAAACCCAUUAUUAAUAAUAAGCAUGUUAACACAACAAACGCAAAAUAUGAUGUAUGUUAACGCAACAAAGCCAUUAUAAUAUGCAUGUUAACACAACAAACGCAAAAUAUGAUGUAUGUUGACGCAACAAACCCAUUAUUAAUAAUAAGCAUGUUAACACAACAAACGCAAAAUAUGAUGUAUAUUAACGCAACAAACCCAUUAUUAAUAAUAAGCAUGUUAACACAACAAACGCAAAAUAUGAUGUAUGUUAACGCAACAAACCCAAUAUAAUAUGCAUGUUAACACAACAAACGCAAAAUAUGAUAUAUGUUAACGCAACAAACCCAUUAUUAAUAAUAAGCAUGUUAACACAACAAACGCAAAAUAUGAUGUAUGUUAACGCAACAAAGCCAUUAUAAUAUGCAUGUUAACACAACAAACGCAAAAUAUGAUGUAUGUUGACGCAACAAACCCAUUAUUAAUAAUAAGCAUGUUAACACAACAAACGCAAAAUAUGAUGUAUAUUAACGCAACAAACCCAUUAUUAAUAAUAAGCAUGUUAACACAACAAAUGCAAAAUGAUUUAUGUUAACGCAACAAACUCAUUAUAAUAUGCAUGUUAACACAACAAACGCAAAAUGAUGUAUGUUAACGCAACAAACCCAUUAUAACAUCCAUAUUAGCACAACACACGUAGCGUAUUUUGGUAUGUGUCACAUUUUCUCCAGCUCUGCGUACACAUACAAAAAAGCUAAGCGGCCUCGUCGCCGCUGUCUGUCCGUAAAUAUAACUAACGUUUAUGGAUACCGGCAAGCGUCUUCCAUACUUUGUCAACGAUAACUCGUUAGAAGAAUUAUAGUAGGGGAAAUUAAACUAAUCAAAUACAGAGAAAUAUUUUGAAUGAAUAAUAAUGACUUUUCAGACAACAAGCAAAACACAUUGUUAUGUUAAAAAACUUAACACAGCGAACAUUUCUUUUACUUUCAGUUCCUGGUGAAAUUGACGACGUCACAGUAACAGCUGCAACUCACGAUGCUAUAACGGUCAGAUGGAGUCCUCCAAACAAACCAAACGGUCAAAUUUUGGAAUAUAUGAUCAUAUACAACAGUACUGGCGGCAAAUUAUCCGGCAGCAAAACAACAGAAGGUAACAAAUUGACAGCAAGCAUCCAAAACUUGAUUCCAAAUACAACCUAUUCAAUCUUUGUGACGGCAAGAACAAGUAAAGGAUUUGGAGGACAAGGGACAUCUGUGCUCGCUCGAACUCGUAAGUAUCCGAGAAAUUAAGCAGUCAAUCAAUUGAAAGAUACAGAUAGAUAGUUUAUCAAGUUUACUAGACUAAACUAUGUUAAAAACUUUACAAAAAUUCAAAUAUAAAGCAGGAAAUGUAAAUGAAUUGAUAGAAUAGGUAUCUUCUUACUGAACAAGCAUUAAGAAGAUAACACAUGAAAAACUAUGAUUAAUAUGCGAUUCAAAAUUCGAUCGGUUAUUAUCCUGUUUGCAAUGACAAGUAUAUCUUUAAACGCAUUUAAAACUAAAAUUCGAUUGGCCAUUGUCCUAUUUACAAUGACUACGUUUCAAACAAUUAUUCAUUCUGUUCGUUUUAUUUUAUGUAGGCGUUCUGUAUAAGCACACCGAAGAGUGUAUACGUGUUCGGUGGAGGUAGAAGAUGACGUUGCUUAUUUGAUUGCUAAUUAUAGUGUAUAGUUGUUCAGCGUAUACUUUUUAUUUGUUUUUUCAUGUACUUAAUGUGUAAUUUAGGUUAUUAUAUGGCUGAGUCUGUUUUCGCCAUGCGAUUGGUCAAUUUGCGGUCCGUAACUUGCUAUACGGACCAAAAUUUCAAAGAAAAUGCUCAUUUCGGAGCUCUAAACCUCUUUACCUCGGAAAAAAAGGUUGAAAUUAAGUUACAAGACGUCUAUCAAGCUUGAGUACUUAGAUUUUGACUUUGUCCUUCAACAUUUUAAACUGUGUUUAUUUGUGAACGAAGGCGAUGAAGAAACUAACUCGUCAUCUUAUCGAAGAGGAUUCUAGUCAGUGUUUGAAGACGAAAAUCGACUGGCAGAGAUUCGAGAUGUUUUGCCUAAGAGAAAAUGAGUAAUUCCUUCGACAAAUAUGAUAACAAACAUGCCUGCACGCGAUCAUCUUGACGAGCUUCUUUGUCAUUUGCAGUGUUUUUUCAAAGACCAACAAAAGAAAGAUAGAAGCGACUCCGAGCCAGACACAAUGUCCAGUUUUCAAAAGACUCCAGCGUCACAUAGGCGAGUGAAUACUUACAGUGCUCUUAGUUUUGACCGAAUAUACUUAAAAAUCUGUCUGUAAACCCUGAGGACUGGGAUGUUGACUUUGCCUUUCCAGAUUUUAACCUAGCUUUGUUCGAACGAGAAUGAUACUGAUGUAGAAACUGAAUCGUAACCUUUCCGUGGAAGAAAAUAUGGUCCGUGUUUGAAAAUUUUAACGCCGGUCGCGCUUGAAGACGAGAAUGAACUGGCAGAAAUUCGAGAGGUUUUCCCAAAAACAUUAACGAGCGAAUCAAAAGACUCCAGCGUCACAUUAACGAGUGAAUACUUUCAGUGCUCGUAGUUUUGACUGUAACUCCUGAGGACUGGGAUGUUGACUUUGCCUUUCCAAAUCUUAACCUAACUUUGCUUUAAUGAGAACGAAGCUGAUGUAGAAACUGAAUCGUAAACUUACCAAGGAAGAGAAUGCUAGUCAGUGCAGAUCACAAUUGAAGACGAGAAUGAACUGGCAGAAAGAGAGGUUUUCCCAAUAAAACAGUUUACGAGCGAAUCCUUCGACAAUGACAACAAACUUACCUUGAAAAGCUUCUUUGCCUUUUGUAUUGUUUUUUUUUUACAAGGAAAAGCUGAGGAAAGAUUUAAAGGACUUCCAGACAGACACAGUGUCCGGUUUCCAAAAUACUCCAACGUUACAUUAAAGAGCUAAAACUUACAGUGCUCUUAGUUUUGACCGAAUAAACUUUUUCAACAUGGCGAGUUUGUUUUUUUUUUCUCGGAAAGCCUUUGUUAUGUGUUAUUGUUUUCGUGCGCCAAUAAAAACUUUCUUUUUUGAUGCCUGUCAAAUGACUGUCAAUUCGUGCGUCCUGGACUUGUUUCCGGUCCCCCAAACAGGAAGAAGCCAUAUAAUAAACAUCUUAUUAGCCUCGUUGUUUCGGUCCGUACUGUAAAUUACGGAUCCUCGUUUUUUUCCAUCGAUGGAAAAAAACUCGGUCUGUAAUUUACAGUACGGACCGAAAACUCGGCUAAUAAGAGGUAUUUAUCGACUGCCAGGUGUGUCAGUUACUGAUUAUCAAUUUAUCUAGUUAUCUGUUUCGGCGAACAGCUUAGGUGAUAUAGCACUUCGGCAAUCUGCGAGGCUACUUAAGUUUUCGGCUGACAAGUAUCCUUACAGGACACAAGAGGGUAAAUUAUCUUGCAGACAUUCGAGCCAAUCAGGAUGAUACACAGGAAGCCCAUGGUGAAAAACUGCGCAUGAGUAUCUCGUUAAAAGGCAGAUAAAGGUGGUGUAAAAUGUCACGAGAUCUUUGAACGCGAUAUGUUCCCUUCUCAAACUCAUUAAUAAUUCAUUAAGAAAAUACAAAGGAAAUUAAUGUUUAAUGAGUGUUUGGAAAUCGGAUGAAACACUGCUUAGUAUUUGCAUCCUUAAUUUGUCCUUCAAAAAUGAUUUUGUUUGAGAAGAAAUAUCAAACAUUCGACAAAGUGUUUCAUCACCAGAUGAAACACCUCGAAGUUCGUCAAAAAUACUCCGCUGCGCGUCGUAUUUUCAACUCUCUUCUCGGUGUUUCAUCUGGUGAUGAAACACUGCAUCUCAUGUUUGAUAUAUUACAUCUUAACUUUCCAAGAACGUAUAACCAGCUGACACAAUUUUUGAAAACUCGGCAACUUUACAGGUCGAGCAACUUUACAGUAGACACAUCGUCAAUUGCUUUCAUUGAGAAUUACAGGCGGAAACUUCCAAAAGGUGGGAUCGGUCCUGGCAAACGAUGUCCGUAUUUCUUUAAGCUUUCUCUCGUUUAGUAGGAACUUUCUUACCUUAGACUUAGCAACUAAGUCAUUUACAGCGUCCUGGAUCUUGCCUACUUUAUUCUUGUCGACAGGUUUGGCGAUUAUAGUGAGUGUCGUCAAUAUACUUCCAGAGAUCCAUGUUGUUGGCGCUGCAAUCAUCUAUCUUGAGAGUGAUUAACCAUUGUCCCAGUUUAGUCCCCUGUGGGACUCCGGCCAGUACCUCACUCCAGUCUGGCCUACUAACUCCUUCUGUAUUUGAACCUUUGUUUAUAACCUUUUAAAAGUGUCGACAAUCCAGCAGGUGACGCUAUGUGGGAUGUCUAGAGAUGCCAGUUUCCUAUCAAGGAUUGUACGAUCAACCUCAUCAAAAGCCUUGUUAAAAUCGAACAACACCACUCUAACCGUUAAUCCUGUCCCAUCGCUAUAAUUGUUUUUGUUCACGAAUAAAGCAUACUAAUUAGUGCUUGUGUCCUGGGGAUAGCGCUAUACUGAUAGUUAGCGAUUUUUUUUCAGCACGGUUAGUUUGACAUGGCCCUCCACAAUUAACUAUUCAACUAUGUUCGAUGAAAGCAGCGUCAAGGAAAUAAGGCGGAGAUAGAUAAAAGGGCAUUAUUGUGAAGUAAAUAUUACCUGAGUUCUAGCGCGCGUAGCGGAGCACCAUGAUUAAUAAAAUUUGGUUAUCUAUGCAUCCAAUGAAGAUUUGUUGCGACAAAAUUGUCCCUCCGUACGUCCUUCAUUUUAGCGGAUAUGAAAUGUUGCAUAGAUUAGUGUGGAAGGCAUAUACAAUUCGUGUCUAACUUCGUAUUGUUACGGUCAAGUGACAGUUAUCAAAAUAGGGUAUCCUCUAACCAGUGUCACCUGAAUGUACUGCGGUCCUAGGUAUAAAACUCAUUAAGGUGACGUGUGUUUUAAGUUCUCUGUUUUCAAUUGAUCACAGGUUAAGGUUCAUUUUUUUGGGAGGAAUUCAGUUUGCUUCUUGCUUAUGAUGAAAGUUGUACCACUUCAGAAAGAUGUUUCUGAAAAGAUCCCUCGAGAGCUUCGCUUUUGACCUUGGCUAGAUCUAUAUAUUCGAGCGCCAGCUCGGACAGUUCAUCUUGUCUUUCAAUGGCCAAUGCUCAGAGACCAUGACCCUGGUUGGGGUGGCUUCUGGAUGCUAUGCCUUGCCAAAGGGCAAACUGGAGCUAUUGAUGCUUUCGAUGAAAGAUUGUUGAACCAAAAGAAGUACAUUGAUUGUUUAUCUCUUGUGGUCUUACGUGGCAUAUUAUUGACAAAAUUACGAGAAGGCGAGUAGUCAUACCAAAUUUGAGGAAUCUACAUUAGAUCAAAUAUUUACCUCUGAUCCUGACAUUAUGAAGAUUACUCUAGGCCCGCCAUUGCGUGGAAACGAUCACUUAACAGCAUUCCUGAAAGUGAGAUUGUAUGAUGACAAGGAAUUUUAGCCUUCAAAGAAAUUUAACUGGUCAAAAUGGGACGUUCCUUGAUUAAUCAGUAUGGUCAGCAGACAGACUGGACCUGUUCUGAAAGGGCUCUUGGCUUUAUAGACACUAUGUGCGGCGAGCUGGAAAGUAAAAUACUGCACGUUAUUGAGCAUUGUGUGCCAAUUUCGGUACAAAAGACUACAAAAGACGCAAAGUCCCAUAGGAAAGCGACUGGAAAAGCUCGAAACUCCGUCGUGCUCGAAAGGAAAGGGACAUUGCAUGGCGUAGUUUUGACACAUCUCCUUCAAACUUCAACCUUACUUCUGCCCUUGAAGCUUAGGACAAAUACAAACUUGUGGAACGGAAACUUAAAGAGUGCUAUGAUCAAAAAGUUGCCGAAAAAAUGAAAAAUAAUCCAAGCAGAUUUUUUGCGUAUUUAAGGACGUAGAAUGCGUGGUGACUUAUUGAGAUCUUCAAAUCAUGAACGGCUUAGAAGAUUAUGGCCAAAAUAAGGUUCAGGAAAAAUUCUGCUUACCAAACUCGCAAUCUUCUUCUGUAUCAUUCUUUGAGGUCAGCGCAUGACUUCUUUAGUAAUAAAGUUAUAAUUAUGAAAUAUUGGAACCAGCUACCAUUAGGAGUCCGAUGUUCAGCAAAUAUCAACGCCUUUAAGGCCGGUCUCGAUCGUUUUAAAUCAUCAAAACCUGAUUCAAAUGGUUUCUGGGAACAAUCGGUACAAAUCUUUGAUAGAAUUAACGCCAAAGUGAACACGUGAAUUAUUUAUUAGCUGAUCGCGGUGUUGCAAUGCGGCAAAAUAUCUUGUUUUAUAUAUUUUUUUGCUUUAUAUGUACUGUACACAUAUACCUUAAUCUUAGCUUUUUACAAUAUUAAAUUAUCUUCGUUUUUCAUUCGCGAUUAUAAAUAGUUUUGUAAAUAGUUUUUAUCAUUUGAGAUAUCAUGAAGUGAUAACAUAAAGUUCUUAUCUUAUUCCCCCUAUUCGCACCCUGGGGACCCCGAGGAUGGGAGUAGCCCCUCCACACCACAAACACAAAUCUAACGUCAAUCGAUCAAUCAUUCCCUUUACCACAAAUUGUUGUUGCAUGAUGACUGGAUGCGCCCCGUAGCAAAUAUCCUCCCUUUGUCUGUUUGUCAGUUAACGCAUUUACCUUAUGAAAGUACAUCAUGAUUUAUUUGUGGUAAAACUUAGUGUCAAGUUGGAUACAAAUGUGAAGCAUCUUUAUGAACAAACAAAUGAAAGCUUAAGUAAAAGCGUUCCAUACUUAUGACAUCAUCUACACAUUUGUAGAAUUAAACUUUUAUUGCUAUGUUUCAAACACAGGUCAUCUUCCGCCGCCAGUUACCAUGAUAACUACUUCGCAAGGCACUGUUACUGAAGACUUAACAACUGCGGGGGUCCCUGCGGGGACAGAGAAGAGGACAGGUGUAAUAAAUGAGGAGCAGAUGAUCAUCAUAAUUGUCUUUGUGGCGCUUAUUGUCCUGUUUAUCAUUGUGGUUGCUGUUUAUUUUCUUUGCAUUAAGCGAUGGAAAGAAGAAAAAGGUACAUUAUCUUUCCUUUUUAGGAUAGAACUUACAGCAGGAACUUUUAUGUAAGUCAUUUUGAAAAAAAAAUGUUACAUAACAUAACAAACUUUAUUUUCACUCGAAUUUUAGAGAGGCUAGCGAGCUAAUAUCUUCGAGCUGACACCACAUAAAAAUACAUAAAAUACAUUAUGAAUAAUAACAAAACAAUAAUGAAAAAAGCACUUAAAAGAUAAUUUUUUACAGUUUUAAGGACAAGUAGUACAACUAGUGUGAAAAAAGUCAGGCAGUGCAUUCCACUGAAAAGUGAGAAAAGGAGUUAAGACCAUAAGUAAUUGUUUUAGGUUUACCAAGUCAAAAGGAUGUAGUUGCCACGAAGAUCAUAGGAAGAUGACCGAAGUUAAAAACAUAUAAGCAGGAAAAUGAGUGAAAAACAAACUCUUAUAUAACAAGAUGAGGGAAUUCUGAACGCGUUUGUUACGCAACGAAGUAGAGUUGACUUUUGAAAGAAGAGUGGUGUAUGGAGACGAGUAAUCUCCAAGUAUAAAUCUAAGGAUUCUCUUUAUGUAGUGCUUCAGAAUGUUUGUUCUUUUUCGCUCUUAUAAAUUAGCUUGUGUGGAUCUACUAACAGUCGGUAAUUUAAAAAACAAGCGGAAACAAGCAAACGAAUCGCGCUUAAUCACGCCACAUUUUCACCAAGUCAUUACCAAAGAAGAGGGCAAUUGAGUACCCAACAUACAAAAUUUUUGACGCAAUGUAAAAUGUUAAUAUUUCUGUAACUGCUCUCAAAACGCGAGACUAUACAACCAGUGUAUGACUUCCUACUAGCUCUUUUAUCACCAAAAAAUAUAAAUGCUCAUUAAAAAUUAAGAAUGUUCAUUAAGAAUUGAAGGUUACUGUCUUGAUUCUACGAACACUGCAUUCUUUUAUAGCAGAUUUAUCUUUAGGAGCAGGGUUAGCCCUUUAUUAAAUCCAUUUCUGUCUUUCAUUGUCUUUACCUCGUGUUUCCGCGGCGACUGAUGUUACGGUAUGGGUAACGUAAUUGUUGUUGUUGUUUUAAUCGUUAGGUAUGUCUUAUGCAAGAGCGAGAAAACCUCGUGAUUUCAGAGAUCCUGCAUUUGAAAUGGAGAGGUGAGUGAAGCCAGCCCCUGGUCACGUGUACAUUUUGUUAGAAACCAUUAAUUCUUUGACACUUUUUUAGUUAGACUUCUGCCAAACGAACGCACUUACAAGAAGAGGACGCAUCUUUCUAAACCCUAAAUUCAAAUACUUCUAUGUAAUCUUUUAUUAAAAACACUUAGCAAGCUAUACUGCUCGCAUAAUAGAACUUGCCAACAUUUUAAAUCAAUUAUGUAAACUAACUCCUUCCAUUGAUUGUAAAGUUGUUCAGAUGUGACUGGUCGCUACAAUAAGCUCACAGGAUCAUUCUCCUCUGUUCAUUCGACGUAAACUAUCAAGGUAACUAAAACGCAACGAAACAUACUAUUUCAAGAUAGUAACCCUGUUCUAAAUAGUGGUUGAAAUAUUAUAUAAAGUCGGUAAUAAAUCAGUAAACUAGGAAAUCGGUCCUUUUUUCCUAAACUGUUUAACUCGCUUUAAAAAGUGACGCAAAUUAAUGUAAUAGCGUAGUCAGUUUGGUAAUAAUACAUUCAGAUCUUUGCCAUUAUAACAGUUGCACUGAACAGAACGACACGGAAGUAACGUAUAACAAUAAAUAGGAGUAGUCUUCUUUUAGAGGUAAAAAUUGAAAAGAAAUUUUCAUUUUAAAGUACAUAAAGCUGUUAAGGUAUGAUGGGUUAAAGCCAUGUUUAAUUGAAAAAAGUAACUUAACCUCCUAAAAAUAAAUUCAAAAUAUGUAAAGUUAAGAUCUACUGCAUCUAAUCAAAAUGACAGUUAAACAAAUGGAAUGUUUUUGUUGUUAUUAGACCACGGCUUGACUUACAUGAAGAGCCAAGUGUAGCCGAUACCAACUAUUCCAGCGACUCCUUUGAUUCUGACUGGGAUACCAGUGUAGCUUCACCUCGGUCAACCUGUUCACCGGUCAAUGAGAACCCACAAUUUGCAAAUUCAGCGGAUUCCACAGGUCUACGAACAUCAAGUCGCCCGCCGUUGGUUAACUUACCCAACAAGAGGAUUUCGGUCGACUCUCAGGGCAGUCAGCCCUAUGCUUCUGUAGAGGAGCUUGGAGGGGGAUUUUCGAGCUUCGGACCUCUUCCCCCGGUAGAGUUCCGUUCUUUUCCCACCGAAGAGAGGGAAACUGACUUACAGAAACAAGAAAGCCUUACUGAUGCUGUAACAUUGCCAGGAAGUCGGAAAUCCUUUACAAAUCAGCUCUUUAAAGCCGCCCAUGUCUCAAAAGAUGUCGAUCAUGGUGACGAGGGCACGCGGUUCGAGGGGUUUCAAGAACAGGAUAUUUCAGGAAUAGAAAAUCGUGGAUAUGAUUCUGAUGAGGAGUUGAAUCAACACCUCGCGAAAAGUACAGUAAAGCCAGGUUCUUCCUAUGACGUGAAUAAAUAUCCAGAAAAUCUGGAAGAGUUGUACGCAAAAGUGGACAAAAGCAAGAAGAAAGCGUUUCGUAAGAAAGAUACCUCGACAUCAAUUGGCACUGACAGCCAGCAGUCGGUAAAGCAGGAACCCGUUUCACUGAAGGACGGAGAGACUGAUAAAAGCAAGAAAACAUUAAGGAAGACUUCUCGUGACCCACAAGGAAACAAAGAAUCCGGUCAAAAAGGAGAGAUAAGUCAUGAUCCUGUGCUUGUUUACGAUGAAAGGACUAACUUGUAAGUCAAUGGUCAGAACAAAACUAGCGUGUUAUUUUUCACGCCAAAGUAGUAUUGAAAACGUUUGCCGCUGCAAUACAAUACAAUAGAAUAGCAAAUUUAUGCUUGGUCUCUGUCUCAGAAAUAUAGAUCGAAAGAGUUAAAUGAAGUUGACAAGGAUUUCUUUUGUUUGUUUAUUUCCCUGGAGACGUAUGGGCUUCAAGUCUAUAUAGCAGCAAAAUUUAUCGUGACCUUUCCAAAAGUGAAAGUAUUAAUAAUUACGUUGUUUAGGGAUUUUUAAAAGCGUUUUAAGUAAUCUGCUUCUAUUGCUAUAUUUGGUAACUGGUUACCGAAAUAACGUAUUUCAAACGUGUGUCAUUGUCAUGGUUUGCUGUUGUUUGUGGCCUAUUUGCUCUUUGUUUGCUUCGUAUAAUGUGUGCUAAGAUUUUACCAAACUAUGAAAUGCAGUUUUUUGUUUUCGUGGGUUGUAAAUUUCCUACAAUGUCAAUUUUUUUAACAAAUUGUACGUAAACUUCGUCAAGUUGUGAAAGAAUUCGUGCAGGGUUUAACUGAAUUUACGAAAAUGAAAUUUUAAUUAAUAAAACGUGUCUGAGAGAGGAUUUGUUUGGUUGCCUUUAUUACCCACCACGCUCUAUUCGUUGGCUUGCGUGUAUUGUCUAGGUUGAUGUGCUUUACGUGUAUUUAUCUGCUAGCAGGUCAUUGUAUGUGAAUUUGUCUGCCUGCAUGUCAUUCUACACGAAUUUGUCUGCCUUCAUGCGAUUGUACGUGAAUUUUUCUCCCUGAAUCUCAUUGAACGUGCCUGUCUGCCUGCAUUUAUUGUACGUGAAAUAAUCGCCAGUGUGUCAUUGUAUGUGAAUUUGUCUGCAUGCAUGCCAUUGUACGUGAAUUUUCUACCUACAUGUCACUUGCAAUUAUGCCUGCGUAUAUUGUACGUGACUUCAAUAUAUUUGCUUGCAUAUCAUGGUAUGUGAAUUUGCCUGCUCGUAUGACAUUGUACGUGCGUUUGUUUGUCUUUCUGCAUAGCAUUGCACGUGUGUCUGUCUGUCUGCAUGUCAUUGUACGUGAAUUUGCCUACUUACAUGUCAUUAUUGUAUGUGCACUUGUCUGCCUGCUUGUCAAUGUGAGAGAAUUUGUCCGCCUGCAUGUAUUGUCUGUGGAUUUGUCUGUCUGUAUGUAUUAACUAUAAAUUUGUCUACUUGUGUGUACUAUCCUGGAAUUUACCUGCCUGCAGGUUAUUUUAGUUUACCUGCUUGCAUUAAACUUUCAUUUGUCUGCAUGCGUGUAUUGUACGUGAAUUUGCAUUGUGUUUUGCGCGCGCUUGUCAGCAAGCGCUCUGACGGACUGACAGACUCACUGACCGUGACGUGACUUACCGAAUUUUGACCUUUUCUUUUUACCCUAGUGAAACUGAAUCGAAACCCAAAUUCUCGGAAAACGCAGCAGUUGAUCAGCACGAUGCCAGGAGUUCUGGAGCAAGCUCCUUGUCUAGUGGCACGAUUGUAUCUGAUCUGAACAGCUGUGGAACGCCCACCCCUCUCAUGAAUUUGAAGCAUCAGCCAGUAUCAGAAACAGUUCAGGAUCCACCUCCACCUUCACCGUACACUCUAAGAAACAAAAAAUUCUCAGUAGGCUCUGCGGACAGUUUUUAUGAUGAACCCUACUCCAGUUUGGAGGAAAUCGAUGCCGGAAUCACCCCUCUUUCCAGUCUGCCACCAACGCACGAGCCUGUUGAAUAUAGCGCUGGUCCAGAAGAAGAGCUCAAGAUUUCCAAUGUUAUUCCAAAUAAUCUCAAUACUUACGGAGUCAUGGACAAACCAGAAGAUGAAGCUGUUGUUAUGGAGGUCAAGGAGAUUGAAAAUCCUCCCAGUGCUGAGGAUAAUACCAUCCAAGAUUUUGACGAAUUGCUUAACAGUCUUCUUUUCAAUGAACAAUCGGCACCUGAGCCCAGUAAGAAUCCUGGCCCGUUCACACUGGAAUUUCACGACCUGGAUUCCACGAUAUUGAUGUUUUAGUUUAAUACAGAUCUGAAAACUGAUGUUUUGAGUAGCCUAAAACAUGAAAGUGGUUACGAAUAAAGUAGGGAGACAGUUCUUCAAACUUACCGUUACUUUGCUACGAAAUUCGUCAUCAGAGAGCACAAAUCGUAGAAACUGUCGGCUGUUUCGCUUUCAUGAUCGACUCAAAAGCUGAAUUGUCAGAAUAAAAGGUUAUGAUUACUGUCCAGACUAUCCAAAAGGACACCACCAUUCAGAAGGAAGAAUUUUCUCUGUUUCGACAAAAUUCUUACUGUCCCUUUUACAAAAAACUUUCUUUUGUAACUUUCCUUCCUCUCUAAUACGAACAAAGGACACUAAAUCGGAGACCCAGAUUAGAUUAUUACUUGUGUGUAGCCUGAAUGUCAGACGAUUACUUCGAGUCGUUUUUAUACUAAUACCGUCCAGUGACGUCACCACUCCUUUGCUCUAAUUCAUCCAAAAGUAAAACACGAUUUUCAACUGGCAAACAAAGAAAAAUCGUUUGUAAAUGUCUACAUGAUACAGAAUUGCUUGCCCUUUUUGACUAUAGUUCAUGUUUAACGUUUAAACUGUCAACUGGAUGCGGUACUCUGGACGAAUCUGUUGUAAUUCAAUAAUCAAACUCGACUGCAAUCAAGCAAUGUAAUAAGCUUAAAUGCACACAAGGAACACUUCAAAAGCACAAAACUUCGCUUUAAUUGAAAAUCCUUAACGAAGAAGAAAGAAAACAAGAAAUAAAGCUUACAGAAUCAUUACACUUGACGGUGCAAAUGACAAGAAGGUCGAAUUGAGCUUAUACAUGUAGAAACUUCAAUCUCAGAAAACUUUGCAUACACAAAUUCACUGACGAAACCACAAAGCCGCUCUAAAUGAAAAACCUACCGACUCUCCUCAAUGGUUGUCUUUACACUAGGCUGUUAAGUAAGACUUAAGAGCCGCCAAGUUUUACUUAACCAAACAUUCGUGUGUGAAGGCCUAAGUAAAAUCUCAAGUAACUUUGGUUUCCAUCUCAUUACUGCGCUUUUCACAAACAUGCGAACUCUAAAGUUCAAAAGCCGCCCUCACAAUUGCGUUUUUCGCUGCCGUCAAUCAUAAUUACGAUCACAAGCAACGAACCUUGAAACACAGAAACACCCAAAACUGAUCGAAAUCCACCAAUGGCAAAUCCCAUACAUGACCUUUUGAACCCGUUGAAGUAAAGUUUUGUUUUCUAAGUGGUCCGCUAAGAUGAUUGACGGCAGCGAAAAACGUAAUCGUCAGUUGGCUUUUGAAUUUCAUAAUUCGCGUGUUUUUGAAAAGCGCAGUAAAGUCGGAAAGUUGAAACGAUUCAAGAAAGUUUCAAGCGACUUUAAAACCAUCCUUAUGACCGACUUAGCUGACUUGCGGUUUUGCGGUUUCUUGAGCUUUGAGAAAGGCGAGACAUGUCAAUCAAUCUAAAUUUUGUUGCGAGGGAAAAUAACCUGAAGUAGAAAAGAAUCGGUUGUGUGUGAAGCUUUAUUUUACUUGAAGUAAUUAAAAUUUACUUGUCUUGAAAUAUUUCUUAUUUAGGCUCUAGUGUAAAUACUACCAAUGAUUCUUCAUUCGUAGUUCAAUUUAACAACUCAUAGUUUCGAAGACGAUGGCAAUUUUGCUGUUUACGAUAAAGGUUGUCGAAAUUUUUUAACUCCACGCAAGCAUGCCAGGCGUGCGAUCCGAUGAAUAUCAAAUGACAAUCCCACUAAAGUUUCUCAUAAUUAUACACAACCAUGCGAACGUUUGGACAAUCAACCAUCCAAUCAAAAUCACUACCCGUGUUUUGGGUAGUGAAGUCGCUGGACGGCAUUAACGACCGGUCGAUUCAGACGUUGCUGAGAGGAGAAAACGACUCGAAGUACUCGUCUGAAAUUCAGGCUAAUUUGUGUGUGGAAUAAAAUAUCCUGUUUUUGGUAACAUAUUCUUAACUAGGGAUUUCAACGGUAAAGUAACAUACCAUAACAUUUAAUCAAAAGGAAGAAAAGGAGAGCUGUUUAUUUACUUGCGUUAACAUGUGUUGUUCGUUUUGUUUCAAAACUGAUUCGAGGUCUAGAUGUGCAAUGUAGUGCGCUACUGAUGUGUCUUAGUAUUGUAUAUUAAUCAAUUUGGAUUCAGUUAAAAGACGGUUGUGGGCUUAGGAUUAACUGAACACUUAGUAAUGUUAUCCUGAUGCCCAGUCUGGUAUGGACAGUCUUUUCUGUCUCUUGGCUACAGUCCUUCAUGGACAAGUUCAACUGUCCAAUUAUUAUUCAGUCGAGUGCUUAAUUUUCUUAUUUAAAAGGUUCAAGUGAUUGUUCAUUGCCCGUGUUUUAAUAUAUUUUUGGUAGUGGUAAGUUACCUGCAUUAUUUAUUUACUUUGUUACUGCGAUUUUGUAAAUUUAUCGUGAACCAUAUUUAAAAAAAGAGCUCCUUGUGAAUGCACUUGUAUUUAUUCAUAAAAGAUAAGGCUUACUGGGCUGUUUUAGGUUAUAUUAUAGCUAUAGGGUCUCCUGAAAUACAUGCAAACUGAAUUUGACUAUCAGAGAAUAGUCAUGUAAUGUAUUUUUCAAAACAUAUACAGGUAAACGCAGCCAUCAAGUGGCUCGGUUUUACUGAAAAAAUUCUUUGGACCAAGUACGCUCGCUCUGAUGCAUGAGUAUGGUAACGCGUUUUCUUUGUAGUCUUUCCCACACGCUUCUACUAUGAAAGCCCAUUUAUUGCUUACAAAAAUAAACGUC